UCUCUGAUGACCACGAAGCACUCGCAGCCACAGUCUACGUUAGCAAAAAGUCUAACUGCAACGAGUACAAAUACUCCGUAUUCUAAAGUAGCAGAAAGUACAGAAAUUCCAUCUUACGUGACUAAAUGUCCUAGCAAUGGGCUCUGCAGUAGAUUGCCACCGGACUGUAUGACCUGUAACACCAACUAUUCCUGUGUAUAUGGGAAGCCGGCCACUUUUGAUUGCAAAGUCAAGCCACAUGUUCAUUGCGUUGAUGAGAGUAACCAUGAGCAGGAGAACUUUACAGUUAACAUGACGUGCCAGUUUUGCUGGCAGCUUCCGACAGCUGACUACAUAUGUACCAAUUCUACAAACUGCAUGACUGUGUUGUGUCCGCGACAGCGAUACAAUGCCACUUGCACAGUACGGGAUCAUAUCCACUGCCUAGGUAAUCGUAUCUUUCCCAAGAUGCUCUAUUGCAACUGGACUGGAGGUUAUAAGUGGUCUACUGCCCUGGUGCUCAGCAUCACCCUGGGUGGAUUUGGUGCCGAUCGUUUCUACCUGGGCCAGUGGCGGGGAGGGCUGGGGAAAGGAAAACUCUUCAGCUUUGGUGGACUUGGAAUAUGGACGCUGAUUGAUGUGCUGCUGAUCGGUGUUGGCUAUGUGGGACCUGCAGAUGGUUCUCUCUAUAUUUAAAUGUGUGUUUCGGAGAGGAGUAAUCGCUUGGAAUGGGCUCUAAAAAAGGAAUGUAGAGCUUUGAGCCUUUAAGGUCGAAUGAAGAACAUCUGUUCUUUCUAUGUGCAUACGUUUCAAUGUACAGUAUCUGUACUUAGCUUGCCUUUAACUAAGGUGAAAUAAAAGAGUGGGUCACUGA